UCCCAAAACUCCCCACACCUUUCGACACUGAUACCGAACCUGAACAUGGAUACUCCUCCAUCUCAUUCCUCUUCCUCUGUCCUCCCACUCCCCAACCCCUCUUGGCCUCCUCUGCUAAAACCAAAACCUGUGAAUCUACCGCGUUUACCAAUGAUCCAGUUUACCAAAGCCAAGAAUGUCACGAUUAACCAAUAUUUCUUCAAAUGCUCCCCAAAAUCUACCCCUGCCACCUCUAACCCUACCGAAACCACUGCCUCCCCUGAUAAGCCCUAUCAUCCUUCACUUACUCAGAAACGAAGGAGAACCAUCCCUGGCGACUAUGAGGCUUCUAUCCUAUCCCUGAUCGACUCUGCCUUGGCCCGAUCAACCAACCCUAAUGGCCUCCUGAAACAGAUCUCGGACCACCUUCUUGCGAGAUAUGCACAACGGGACUCUCUGAAUACCUUGGUUGAGAACAGCCAUGCCACACAGCUCUACACUGGAUAUUCUGAGGUUGGGGAAAGGAAGGUGACGACAACACAAGACCGGGAAAAGUUGGUGAGGGCUACUCAAAGGGUCGUCGAAGGCAAGGAUUUUGCAAUGGAAAGUGGACGUUGUAUGGAGUGAUGCUGAAGAAAUUGGAAUGGUUUUUGAGAAGCAUGAACAAUUACUAACCUUAUGGGCAUAGACUCUAAUAUUACUAUAUUUAGAGAUGGAUAACCAUCCAAACCACCCCAAUUUUGUAUCAAAACAAACUAUAGAUAUAUGAGGGAACUCAAAUCCAUAGCCAUGGAGACUAUAUAACUAAGAAACAAUCCAUAUUUAAGUCGGAUAUAACGAAUAAUAUAUAUAACUCUUGUUAAUGUUUUA